CGCUCCCCGUCGAGGUUUUGUAGAGUCUGGUUUUCAGCGGAGCUCUUCGGAACGCAUCAAACUGACGCUUUACGCGCGCUGCACAGGAUCGAGCGCGUUUACGCGGUGCUCACAGCGCGCAGUCGUUUUUAGAGCGCUCUUAUUGAUGUUUUUUUCCCGGGUCACUCCAUCAGGAGUGCGCGAUCUACCUGGGGUCCGGUCAUGGAUUACAGUAACCUGAUGGCGCCUCCGGUGCCGCCUCACAAGCCCAGAUCCCCCCGGCUCGCGCACUGCCAGGGCCGCCUGCUCAAGUGCGUGUUUCUCGGGGACGGAGCUGUGGGGAAAACCAGCCUGAUUGUCAGCUACACGACCAAUGGAUAUCCAACGAAAUACGUCCCGACGGCGUUUGAUGAUUUCUCAGCGGUCGUACAGGUGGAUGGACAACCAGUGAGACUGCAGCUUUGUGACACUGCAGGACAGGACGAAUUCGAUAAGUUGCGUCACUUCUGCUACACGCGAACCGACGUCCUUCUCCUGUGCUUCAGCGUCGUCAGCCCCGCUUCCUUCCAGAACAUCGGUGAAAAAUGGGUGCCGGAGAUCCGACGGCGUUGUCCGCUGACACCUCUGCUGCUGGUGGGCACCCAGUGUGACCUACGGCAAGACGUCAAGGUCCUCAUCGAACUGGCACGGCGCCGAGAGCGACCCGUCCUGGAAGAGGACGCCCGCGCUCUGGCGGACAAAAUAGGAGCAGUAGCCUACAUAGAAUGCUCCUCUCUCACGCAGAAAAACCUCAAGGAGGUGUUCGACGCUGCCAUCUCUGUCGGGCUCCGGCACUCCGACCGAAGAUCGAGACGAGAGCGGAAGGUACACAGUACUGCUGAUAAAAUGAAAAUGCUCUCAAAGUCAUGGUGGAAGAAAUAUAUCUGCAUACAGUAGCGAAGAUCAAACCCAUAUUCUGAGGCAUGGACGAUGUGAUAGACUCUUGUUUAGCGUCACGCUCCUCAAAUGGACAGUUGAAAACAAGUCAACAAAGGAUAAUCUUGCUACUUUAAGGACGAAGUGAGGUUGCAAAAGUCGCAACUAGCGGUUGCUAAAGUCACAGGGCCCGUAGUCUCGCGUAGCUAGGCAUUCAGAUUGACAAGUGAAGCUCUGGAAUCCAUGGCAGCUUUCAUUGGCCAAGCCCACCCAUAAGGCCUCUUGACUAACAUGUCAAACAACCAAUCACAGUUAGUUUAGUUUAGCGUCACAUUUAAGGUUGUGGAAAAUUCGCCACAAUUUAAAUAUUUCGCAUACUUUUGGAAAUCCAACGUUUGGUCGAUCCCCGUAAGCUCUCGUCGUCACAGUUUUAAACAUGAUGGCUUUCUUCUUUCGUGAGGGGUUCGGUGUCACAUCGUCUUUGUUUCCAUGCGGAAUGUUAACAAACAAAUCUGACGGCGUUUCCACUUUUGCGUGCCAUAUGCAUCAGGCAUUUAGCCAACGUUCUUUGGCCGUGACUCUGAGGCUGAGACUACGGGGCCCGAGAUAAAGAUUUUACACUCGGGACCUUAUCUGCUAUGUUUCCAUCAAUAUAUUUUCAUGCAAAUUUGGGAUAUUGCAUAAACACUAAAUGGAAAUUACAUAAAAGUUACACACUAUAGAUUUACAUGAAAAAUGUGUAUUUUUAUUCAAUAAGAAUACAUGCAUAUAAACUGCAAGGGUUUGCGCAAUAAAACACAUGUGCCUCGACAAUCAAGUGAUUGGGUCACCGAUUUCAUUGCACACCAUUGAAAUCAUAUAUUAUGCGUUUUCCUUUUAACGCCGGUUUUCCAUGGAUUGAUUCUGGAACACAAGAAAUGGAAAUGGUACUUUAUUCGCAAAUGUUUCAUGCAAUAUUCCAGUCAAAUUUGUGAGUUUGAACGCAAACAUAGCUACUGAGACUCUUCAACACAAAGCCUGGGAUGACAUUCCCAGUUGUGCUCAAAUAAACACAGCUUGGAAUUACUCAACUGGAUUGUAAAAAAACACUGUUGACCUCUUCCACACCCCAAAUCCUCUUAUGUUUUAAAAAAAUCAUCAACCGCUUUUAUUUUUAUAACCAAAUACAGUGGUACAGUUUCUAUUUAUUUACCCAUGUCUUCUCCCUGAUAAAUGCAUGUACGAACUUUAUGCAGCCACAUGUUAAUGAUGCUAGCAUGCUAACACUGGUGAUUUAAAACCCCCUUUUGUUGUCUGUUUGUUGGUCACAAAGGCAGUCCCGUGGCUGUUUCCGCCCACUCUAAGUGGUCCUUCUAUCCCAUCAUGCUGAAACUGUCUGUAAGUGUAGUGUAGUCCACCUUAUGAUCGUUUGGAGGGUAACUGCAAGUCUCCUGUCCUGGUUAAUACAGCCUUGAAAUGGAUGGUGUUCAGUGAACUCUUGUUUUCUGUUAGUCACAGAAGGGUGGACCUGUUAUCCAUAACACAUUACCUUUGUAUGCCAUACAGUGCAUUGCACUUGUGAUCUCUUGUUAACCCGUAUUGCAGUCUUUAUAUUUGACUUGAUCAACACUGACGUGCCAUGUUGUAAAAACUGUAGUACAAAGUUCUUUGGCUAUGUGUCAUCCUGUUUAACCAGCAGUGAUGGAGCUGAUCAGCCAAUGAGAUGUUGAAUUUGCUUCUCAUUAUUCAGAAGCCCAAUCAUAGUCAUUCAGUCAGAGAUAUGCCAAAAACCACAGUGCACAACAGUAGGGUUCAGUAAGUAAAAAUCCCAUUAAACCAUAAUUAAGAUUUCGAUUUCAAUAUUAACUGUCAAGUUGCCAGAGAAAUAGCACUUUUUUCAGAUCAAUUGUAUAUCUUAAAAUCAGCAAUGAGUUCCAUUCCAUGUUAAUUUUUAUUUGAUUAGGGCCCAAGCAUCACAGUGCAAGGACCCUAUUGGAAUUACUCAGUUCAUUUUUAUAUUUUUUUAUUAUUAAACUCUAAAGCUUGAGACAGACUGCAUCAUUUUUGGCUGUCCCGGCUUAAGUGGGAAAAUGUAUUGGGAAAAGACUUCCAUAACCAAGGCCUCAGAAAGUGGUUGGUUACUAUUGUGCUCUGUACAUCUUUACAUCAGGAAGUGGCCUCUGUUCUUUAUGUACUUUAUUGCCGACACAAUAACACUAUCAGGGUAAUCUACUUUUAGAUUUGUACAUUUUAUGAUUGCAUUUAAUUUUAUCUUACUCUAUGAACACUCCUGUUUGGUACCGUGUGUGUGUAUGAGUGUUUUGGUUGCUGACUGCUAUCCAUGUUUUUCAUGGAAAAUAAAUGUGACAUUAACGAAAA